AUGCAUUCCUUAAUUCAUUCCUUCUUUUCAUUCCUUUAUUCUAUCACUCUCAUUCAUGAAUUUCUUCAUUCCUUUAUUCUUUUCUUUCUUUGUUUCUUUGUCGUUCCUUCAUUCUUUCUUUUUUCUCAUACAUGCAUUAAAUCAUUUAUUCCUCCUUUCUUUCUUUCUUUCUUUCUUUCUUUCUUUAUUUGCCUGAUAAUUUUCACUUUCUACUUGUUACCGCUUUCUUUCUUUCUUUCUUUCUUUCUUUCUUUCUUUCUUUCUUUUGAGUCAUCUUAUCGUGAAACUUUCUCCUUUUCAUUUUCCAUCUCUCAGAAAGACUCUCAUAAAUACACGUAUAUAUUUGGCAAUUAUCGAAUACAAUAUAUGUCCGAUAAUAAAACUACACGCUAUCUAUCUCUUUCAGUGUGUUCAUCUAUCUAUCUAUCUAUCUAUCUAUCUAUCUAUCUAUCUAUCUAUCUAUCUAUCUCAUCUAUCUAUCUAUCUAUCUAUCUAUCUAUCUAUCUAUCUAUCUAUCUAUCUAUUAUCUAUCCUUCAUCUCUCUCUCUUUCUCAUACACACACACACUAUCGCUAUCUCUUGUGCUUAUCUAUCUAUCUAUCUAUCUAUCUAUCUAUCUAUCUAUCUCUCUAUUGUGUUCAUCUAUCUAUCUAUCUAUCUAUCUAUCUAUCUAUCUAUCUAUCUAUCUCAGUAUAUUCAUCUAUAUCUAUCUAG